UGUGUGUGGAGGCAUUCAGAGAGUCUGUCCAAUGAUGUAGGAUAGACACAUUACUGCGUAAUUAGAAAUACUCUAUCGAUCUUUUUUUGGCAUUGCUGAUAGUGGACUAGUGGCGCUGUAUCACUAACUGUGGAAGUAUGUACAAGACAGUUGAAGACAAAGUUUACCCAGUAAUCCAGUAUGGAGUAUAUCUAUACACUCUCCUGUUUCAUUCAGAAUUUAACGUUCAACGCUCCACCAGAAAAUAGCUUGAUAGAACCUUUACUCCAUUGUGUUUGAUAUGGGCCUUUUAAUAUACCAGUGAAUUAAAAACAUUGCCUCUGGACAUGGCAGAAACGGAUCAAUUUUACGCGCGAACAGAGUCUCCCUUUACGGACUUCAGCCCGAGCGUCUUUCAGGCCAAGUACGGUAUCAUCGGGGGUAGCCUCAAAAAGAGAUUGUCUGCCUCCAUUAAGGCGUGCAGUGAGUCUAAAAUGCCGCCCACGGCUUGCAAACAAAUGCGUCUGGACUUUGAUAGCUUGGAUAGCAAGCCCGGUGAUGGUGACAGGAAGUCAGUGUUUAGUGAGAAAGACAAGAUUGAUGGGGUCGUGGUCAAAGAUGAGCCUCUGGAGGUGGACGAACGUUGUGAUCAUGACAGUAACGUCGGGCUGGAUCUGUCCGAGAAGAAGCCGAGGUGCGGCGCCAGCGACAGCGUCUGUAGCCCUCGGUCGAUGUGCAAGUCCAGCCCCAAAGGAUUUGAAAACUCGUGCUACUCCCCGGGGAGCUCUGGGAGGGACACUUUGCCCGACUCAUCCACCGGAACUUGUGAGCAGCUGAUACGUGACGGCAGGCGGCACAGCAGCGUGUCCAGUGCAGAUGAUUCCCACAUGAUGACCAGUAGCUCCUCCACUGGUGAAACUGUUUUGUGCCAGGUGUGUGGGGAUUUGGCUGCCGGAUUUUACUGUGGGGCUUACAUUUGUGAAGCCUGUAAGAAGUUUUUCAUCCGGGCCUCCAAACUUGAGCGACCACGCUACGUGUGUCUGAGACAGAAGGAUUGCGUCAUCACCAAGGAGAGCAGAGUCCACUGCCAGUACUGUCGCUAUCAGAAAUGUCUGCAACUCAACAUGUUUUAUCCCAAGGAUGGUCAGAAGAAUGCGAACAAGGUUGGUGUCCAGGAGAUACCAUGUAGAGUUUGUGCAGCUCCAUCCUCAGGAUUCCACUUUGGGGCUCUCACCUGUGAGGGGUGCAAGGGCUUCUUCAGGAGGAUGGUCAAAGAGAGAGAAGCUUACAACUACAAAUGCAGCAAAAGUGGAACCUGUGAGGUCAAUGCAAUGACCAGGAAUAUGUGCAAGGCGUGUCGCUACAACAAAUGUAUUCAAAUUGGCAUGUCAGUGGAUGGUAGCCGAAUCGGGCGUCAACCUAAUGCUGUGAAGCAUGCCAUAUCCCUUGAAGCUAAGAAGCAAAUAGCUCUCAAAACAGAGCCAAAUUUACCAAAUAGCAAGGCGGAGAAUUUUAAUUUCGACUCUGUUGUCCUUCAGCCUUGUUUGCCUGGCGAUGUUGAACUUGAUCAGGAACACUGCCUCAAUUCUCCCGGUGACAUCAGAAAUCCUAAACAAGAAAACCUCAGUCCCCUGGACCACUCGAGACAGUUUUCUGAUGUAGGUAGUCCGUUACACUCUGUUCACCCGUCAGACUCACCGAUGCAUAAAGAGAAACCAAGGAUACCCUCCCAUGAACAGUCAGUGUACAGUGAGCCUCACUACUCCCAGAACAGGGACACCACCUCCAAUCAUCCAUUCCACAUGAGUGACAGCCCUUGCUGUUAUAACGACCAGUAUCAGUCACAGGAAGUCGGCAUGGACUUGUCUGUCCGCCGCUCAUCAAUGUCCAGUCUUGACUAUCAACCCCCCUUACUUCCAUCUACUCGCUCCAACUCCUUCUCUACUUCAAUGCCCCCGAAACGUUACCCACCCGCCACGCAUAUGUACAACUCAGGUCCACUUUCCCCACGUUUGUCAGGCUCACUCAGACACAGCAACGAAAUGUUAAGCCCCAAUAGAUUUCCUCACCAGUUUAACUCGCAGGAUAAUGAGGAUGCGCCUCUGAAAAGUUAUCACCCUAAAAAAGAAAUUUACAAGGCUAGCAGUCAUCCUGUGUACAGGACCGAUCCCAGUUACACCAACUAUAGCUCUCACGUUGAGAGCAGCUCUCCUUGUUUUAAAGAUGGAUACAGAGAUCCUGUCAGCUCACCCGGCCCUCGUGCUGUACACAUGCACACCAACAGCUUGUCCUAUCAUGAGCAUGACCAACCAGGCUACCAAAGAUCUGACCCGGAAUUCAUUCACGAUUCUCAGGACUAUUACAUUCCCAGAGGAAUGCAGUUCUCAUAUGCUCAAGGUCACCAGAACUACUCACCUACGAGAGUGAAAAAUGUGUACCAUGAGCCUUACCCACAAUCCCCUGUUUCGGAUCGCUCAAGUCAGCACAACAAUGUGAAUAAUCAGUACCACAAUGGUAGCUCACAGGCUAAGAAAGAACCACAUCCUGUUUACCAUAAAGAGAAACCAUAUCGAACCAUCAAGUCACCAACGUACUCCACAGACAGAGAGUUCAUCUACCAAACAGACAGAGAGGUCAUCUACCGGUCACCACCUGAACCUGACCACAGCCCCCCUGUGCUACCCAAAAGGAAUAACAAUAAAGUGGUUAUGCAGUUCCCUGAUGGGAGUGAUGUCACUUACAAGGAACUUGAUGAUAUUUUAAUUCAGGCAGCUAAUGCUUUGUUUCAUAUUUGUUUAACGCAAAGAGCAAAGAGCCGUCAAAUAGAUGAGUCAAGGUUUACUAGUGUGGACACAUGCUGGGAAAAAAUGAUGGAACAUUUUAAUUUCCAUGCCAAGUGUAUUGUACGUUUUGCUAAGAAAGUUCCUGGUUUCCGCCUCUUGAAAAUUGAAGAUCAAGUUCUUUUGUUAAGGACUGCUACCUAUGGACUUGUCAUUUUGAUUCACAGCAGAGAAUAUGAACCAGAAACAGGAUUUUACAAUUAUUUUAACUUUUGCUGUGUUGAACAGGACAAAAUAAUGGAGCUAUUCCCAGAGUUUCAAAUCCUGCUGAGUCACUUCAAACAUACGGGUGUCAUGGCCAAAAGACUUGUGUUAACAGAUUUAGAGUAUGCGUACCUCUCUUGUAUGCUGCUAUUAAAUGAUGAAUAUCAAGGACUUAUAGACUCAAAGAAAGUCAAAGAAUUAAAAGAAAAGUACAUGGAAGCUUUUCAUGAAUAUGAAUUUUAUAAUUUCCCUAAUGGUGACCUUCGGUUUGGAGAGAUGCUGCUUCGCUUGUCUGAGUUUUCUCAGUUUUCAAUGCAGCACAACAUCUCUGUCAGCUUGGUGAUCACCAAACAUUCUCAGCUUCAUAUACCUCAGUUGUACGCUGAAAUGUACAACUCGGUAACUACGGGUGAUAAAAGCCCCGACUGGAGCUUGUAAUGAGAGCAGUUCUAGUUGUACGCUGAAAUGUACAACUCGGUAACUACGGGUGAUAAAAGCCCCGACUGGAGCUUGUAAUGAGAGCAGUUCUAGUUGUACGCUGAAAUGUACAACUCUGUAACUACGGGUGGAAAAAAGCUCCGACUGGAGCUUGUAAUGAGAGCAGUUCGUACACUGAAAUGUACAACUCAGUAACUACGGGUGAAAAAAGCCCCAACUGGAGCUUGUAAUUAGAGCAGUCGCAGUUGCGACAGAACUGUGGAACAACUGCCCCUAACAACCGCAAUGCACAUCUAACUGAAGCUGUUGCUAGACUCUUCUCUUUGUUUAAGGAGCGGAAGUUCAUUUUUUGUACAUUUAUCUUGUGCCAUAGUGUGAUUUCUGUCUGGAAUCAAGACUUGUGGAUUACAAAAAUAACCCUGAAAUUAGAAUGAGAACAUUCUAGUGUUUAAAGACUCUCUAGAUAUAGAAUGUGAUCCAGGAGUCAACUUACAAGGAUUUAAACUACCGCGGAAAUGUUUCUAUAGUCCAGAAGCUAAAUGUGUACACUAAAUGUUUAUACUAAAUGUAUACUUUCCUUUUGGCUAAAACAAAUACUACAGUGGUUAUGAAAGUACUAUUUCAACACUAUUCAACACCUGGGUCAGUGUCAGGUAAUAACUACUAGUACCUAAAUCUUUGCUAGUAUCAACGUUGUAAGUAAAUAGUCACACUGAAAUCUGUUGACAUUUUGGCCUGCCUCAUAACCUUUUUUUUAUUCUUGUGCCUUUUUAUACACAACUUUCAAAGUUUGAUGGGGGGAGGAUGGUAAAAAAAGUUGCUAACAAAACGUUCGAGAGGAAAUCUUUAAAAAACAUUUUGGUCAAAUAUUUCAAAAUGAAAGAUUUAUAAUGUUGCAGUUUCCGAAGGUCUCUUAUUAAAUAACCUCUGUUAUUGUUCAUCUUUGAUAAUAAAUUUUGAGGUUGAAAUUAAUAUAGUGUAAUCUAAAUCUGGCAGCCAUCUCGUGUAUAGUGGCAGUAGGAGUACUUAAGAAUCCCUUGUGGAGUUUGGGCUCCAGGCUUGCUGGGCAGGAGUUGUGUUCCCACAAUAAACAGAGAUGAUCAAAUGAUCAUGUCAAUUGGGGGGGCUGGGGGAGAGGGUAAAGAGUCAGUCUUUCAUUGCUGCGCUGUGGGUUAAAUCCUUUCCUUUGGUCAAGAAUCGUAAAAGGGGAUUAGGCUUGACACUCUGUAAAAUUAAGGAGCCUUUUCUUUGUGUUUCUUUAAUGCUGAGAUUUUGAGCUGCCAUGUUUGAUUUUAAAAUCUACUUCAUUGUAGGCAAAGUAUCUCAUUUCUUAUGCCGGCUCUCUUACCUGUGUCAGAAUAUUAUCAUAUGUGAUAUUUUCUUCUAAUUUCGGGAAUGCUGCCAAUUCACCUCAUUUUUGACAGCGUUACGCUAGCCAUAAAGUGGAUCACAGAAUAAAUGUUUUAGCUUAUUUACUAGAAGUUUUUAUUUGUUGACAACUUAAAAACAAGAAGCUUCAGUUCAAAUUUUUAAAAAUGAAGACUACUCUUUUAGAAUAAUAACCAAUCCUAUUUUUCUUUUUGCUGCAUUUAUGAUUAAAGGUUUUAUCCAGAAAUGUUUUCUGAAGUUCAAUCUGCUGCCAACUUGUCAUUUUUCAUUUUGUGGACAACUUAUUGCAGUGUGUUCACCUUUUUUUCUUCAUGGAACUUUGAAAACACACUCACAUGAACUUUGUCCUUCAAUGGAAUCCUUCUUUUUGUGACUAAAACAAUGUUGUACUCAUUGUAGGUAGACUUGAUUUUCAUUUCACUGUUUCUUCAAUUUAUUGCAGUUUUAUUGUAUUAUUUUUCUCAGGGGAUUUUUUGUAAAGGUAAAAAAAAAAAUGGUAAAAGUAUGAUGUAAAAAAAAAGAAUUCUGAAACAAAUAUUUCGUGUGGAUUACUGUUAAAUAACUUUUUGUUUCCUGGUGUUGUCCAUUCUUCUUGCAGCUAUUAUUUUUAUCAAUGACUUGUUGAACCACUUCAUUUUGUGUACAUAGUUGAUCUAUUUAUCUGAGGGUUAUGUCCCUGUUGUUGUACCAAGUGCCAUAACUCUAGCUGGUGAUUUUUUUUUUAAUUUUUUUUUUUGAGUUUCUUCACAACAUUGCUAUAACACUGUAUCAUGUCAGUAUAUCAACCUCAUGUCAGUGUGUCAGCCUGUGUUGAGCUGUCAGAUUGUUUCGCUAUAUUAGCCUGUGUCCCUGGACAGAAAAGUGAUUGUGGUGAUGCUGUUUUUUUUUUGUUUUCUUUUAAGCUUGGUGGGCCCUCAUUGUACACAACAUAACUUCACCUGCAUAGCCAUUGUGUAACUCACUGUUUGACUUAUAAGUUAUUCUAUAUUUUUUUUAUUUGGGUGAUUUGUGUUGUUUUUUUUUAAAUAUUACUAUUUACAAUAUUGAUUUGUUUGUAAUCUUUUUUUUUUAUUGUUUCAAAUGUGUUACUGUGAUGAAUGUUAAGAACAUAUUUACAUUUGUAUCUACUAAUAAGGAAAAAUAUAUAUGUGAUUAUUGUAUGUAUAUUCUCUGUAACAUGUCAUACAUCCUAAACCUGGGUAUCAGUUGUUCUGAGCAGAUUUUAAGAAGACAUUCUUCUAUAAAAAUUGUUAUUUUUAAAAACUAUAUUUGAAAUGUUUGUUGAAACUAAAAAAAGAUGAUACAAGUUUCUGUACAAGUUGUCUUUUUUGUAUUACUGUGUGUUGAGAAUAGAACAGCUCAAGAAACGUUUACAGGGCUGUUACUAAAAUAACAAAAUAUUUGUUCGUAAUAGAGAUAUAACAUCUGUACGUGUCUUCUGAUAGACAACAUAACACUGUGUUCCUUCUUUGUUAAAUUUUGUAUGGAUGUUUAUGAUUUCUUGUAUAGCACUAGAAGAAUCUGGCCAUAAUAUAAAAUGUAUCAUUGUCUGUGAUUUAUAAAGAAAAUAUGUGAACUGCUCUUGCAAAGAAAAUGUUUAUUUCCAAGAUACUAAAGUUUGAAUAUAUAAUGCAGUUGAUAAAAGUCUGCGAUCAUUUCAAUAUACAAUGCAGUUGAUUAAAGCCUAUGCUCAUUUCAAUAUAGUGCAGUUGAUUACAGCAUGCACUCAUUUCAGUAUAUAAGGCAGUUGAGUACAACCUGCGCUCAUGUGAAUAUCCACAGUAGAGAGAAACCACGUGCCAUCAAUUUAUCACAGUGAUAUUUGUACUAUAGUUAUUGCGUUAUUUGAAACUCACCUACUCAAAUACUUUAUAUAGCUGAUAUAAUUGCUAGAAUUUGGCGAGUGUUGUUAAUGCAUUCAAUGUCAUAGCUUAUAUAUUAUAUUUCAUACUUUGUAGAAUCCAAUCAUUCAAAACAUUGUUUUCAGAAAUUAGUUUCCUCUUGAAUUUCAAGAGGCCACUGGAACUAAAAUUGCCUUUUAAACAGUGAAAUGUGGUUAAAUAUCAAACAGGUAGUUUGAAAAUAGUAUCCGUGCCAUAUUGGAAUGCCAUCGUCAAAGAAAAAUCCCAUGGAAGCAACAAACUAAGGGCAUUUCAUGCUGUCAUAUUGGUGCAAUUCUGAUUUCUUUUAUAUGUUGUCUUACACAUUUUUGUAUACUUUAGUUUUACUGAAAUCUUACUCCUUACUAACAUUAAAUUGUCACCUUUUAUACUUAGAAAAGUCCCCAAUCAUUUUUUGUUUCACUAAAUUGAAACUGUUUUAUCUUUGUGACAAGUGAGAGGAUGUUUCAUUCCCAUGUAGCAUACUGACUGUAUCAUCCAAACAUUAUAUAAGCCAGAGACUAUGAUAUUAUCUAUGAAAUUUUUGUUUUUUUUAAUGUAAUGCACAAUGGUAAAUACUAGUUUAUAAAAAGUAAUAUUUUUUUGGUGAGAAACAAUUGAAAAUAUAGUUAAUUUAUUUUCAUCCUCGUAUAAAUUAUCUUAUGAGUCAGUGGUAGUGACUGCCUUAUUGCAAUUCUCUCAUUCUGUUGUUCAUUGCCAGCAUUUUAUAGAAGACAUUAGGUGAAGGUUUAACACCACCCCCCCCCCCUCCCCUUUAGGGUAAGAUAUCAGUCAUAUCUUUGUGUCAAAGUUUGACAUGAAAUGUAUUCUCUACCCAUUGCUCAUUGGGAGGAUUGAUUGAUUAACAGGAGUGCAUGCCAUGUAGCUUUUGGUAGCCUUAGAUCUAUUUUUAGUCCAAAUAUUAUUUUACUCUUGUGAAUUUCACAGGAAAUCAUCCUCCUCAAAGCCAUAAAUUAAUUUUUUUUUAAUUAACACUGAUGUAGUUCUAGAUCAUACCAACAAAGAUUUGUUAGUGUUUGUUGUUUUUUUUUUUUUUUUUUUU